UGUGACUCUUUAGACACCUUUAUUGUACAUCUUUCGUUUAGUGGAGGACAGAAAAGACGGGUAUCGUUUGCCGUGGCGCUUCUCCACUCACCGGAACUUCUCAUCCUUGAUGAACCUACUGUUGGAGUUGAUCCUCUCCUCAGAAUGAAAAUAUGGGAUCAUCUUAUGGACAUUGCUAAAGGCGGUGACACAACAAUCAUUAUAACAACCCACUAUAUCGAGGAAGCAAAACAAGCGCAUAUUGUUGGGUUGAUGAGGAAUGGCAGACUUCUGUCCGAAUCACCACCUGUGGACCUCAUGGCGUAUCACCAGAAAAACAGUUUAGAGGAAGUGUUCCUGAAGCUUUGUAUGAGGGAACUUACAGAUGUAGAUCAAGAGGCUACUGGUUUUGUUGUCAAAACUGAUGAUGGAAAUAAAAAAGACGAGGAGGUCUGCUUUCAAAAUGGAAUCAGUUGCAGUUCAAGAGGCAGUAGUGCAGACGAACCACACACCAGUACAGAAGACCCGGAUGAAACUACUUCUUUGCUCGGCAAUUCGUCAAAAAAGGCAAAGAAGUCUUGUACUUCAUGUUAUGGCCCGAGACUACAAAUAGUAACAGCUAUGACGUUCAAAGAUAUACUGAAGUUGAUACGUAAUCCAAUGGGUUUAUUCUUCAGUUUUCUUGUGCCGUUAAUCCAGGCUUGCCUCUUCUGUGUUUGUAUUGGAAACGACCCCACGGAUCUAGGAAUGGCAAUUGUGAAUGGUGACACAACACCUCUAGAAUUUGGUCAACAAUUUUUAUGGAAUCUGGAUAAUGAAACGAUAAUACAGCAUCCGAAGGAGAAUAUGAAACUGGCUCUGGACAGUGCCUUCAAAGGAAACGAUUGGGGCACCAUUGAUAUUCCAAACAAUUACAGUUUCUAUUUGAUAAAACGAUUUACAGAUGUUCCAGAUUUAGAUAACGAAACUGUAAGUGGUAGUACAAUCUACGUACGAUUGGACCAGACGAAUCAACAGGUGUUUAUAACUUUGCAAGCACGCAUAUCUGAUGCAUUUGAGAAAUUUCUCGGUGAUCUGCUGUCACACUAUCCACAGAUUAAUCCAGCUACUGUUCGUGUUCCAUUGGAGUUUGGUGACCCAAUCUUUGGUAAUGAUACCUCGACAUUCAGAGAUUUUAUGGCACCUGGUAUAAUCAUUUGUAUCAUCUUUUUCUUGGCUGUAUCACUCACGAGCGUGACAUUUGUCGUGGAACGCAAGGAGGGGUUGUUGGAUCGUGCCUGGGUUGCCGGUGUCACCUCAACAGAAGUGGUGUUAGCGCAUGCGUUUGUUCAGUUCUUUGUGAUGACUGUUCAGACAGCUGUCGUCCUCGUCUUCAUUCUUUCCGUUUUCAAUAUAGCAAAUGAAGGAUCUUUAUUAUUGGUCAUCGUACUAGCCCUCUUGCAAGGGGUCGUGGGUAUGGGGUUCGGGAUGGUUAUCUCGGCUGUGUGUGAUAACGAAGUAACUGCAAUGCAAGCCUCUCUUGGCUCCUUCUUUCCACUGACACUACUUAGCGGUAUCAUUUGGCCGCUUGAGGGCAUUCCAAAUCCAUUCAGAUAUUUCUGUUUGAUCAUGCCGCAGUCGUACGCUGUAGAAGCAAUGAGAGGAAUCUUAGGGCGAGGCUGGGAUAUGGCCUUCUUCCGUGUGUACAUGGGCUUCAUUUCAAGUUUCACCUGGAUCUUUAUCCUAUUAAGCUCGGCGGCCUUGGCAAUGCGAAUAAAUCGUUAAGACAUAGCGACAAAGUUAACAAUAUUACAAUAGGAAUUGAUAUUGUGGGAUCGGAUCAUAGGGGUGGGGGGAAGAACAAAAUGUAAGUAGUAAGGCUAUGUGGAAGCUACUGACGCCAGGGUACCUGUGUGUAUACGGUGUGAUAGCGACGCUAUAUCAAAAUCGGGGUGUGCACCUUCUUCGACCUCCCCUUUGCGUUCGCACAUGUUCAUAAAUUAAUUUUCGUUGUAGUUUCUCAGUUUCUUAAAAGCAUUGUGGAAGGCGCUACAAAAAUACAUGACCACUGACAAUUGACCAUUAGAUGUGUAGCUUGAGAGCCUUCAAAUACCUUACUAGGUUUAAAUCCUGUGACACCUGAAUAUUUGUCUAAUGACUAAAAAAACAUCCGCGUCAAAACCUUGUACUGAGAAUUAGUUAAUGAAGUGAGCUCCUCAUAUCGACCUUCCAGCAAAAGCAGAAGAGUCACCCUCUAAUAAUGGGGUUUAAAGUAAUUAUUACAGAUUUUACGGAAGGAAUUGGAACACUUUUGUGAUAAUGAAUCAUGUUUGAAUCAUUUAUUUUGAUAUAACUGUUUGAUAAAACAAACUUCGAUAUAAGCCGAAAACCGAUGCAACAUACAAUGCAAUUAAUAUACAGCACAAAACUUAGGAUAGACGUUAUCACAAAAUUAUUCGUUAAUUCGAUUGGAAUAAUAAUUUUACUUAAGUGUAGUGCUUUUACUUAAGUGUAGUGUUUACUUAAGUGAGCUCCUCAUAUCGACCUUCCAGCAAAAGCAGAAGACUCACCCUCUAAUAAUGGGGUUUAAAGUAAUUAUUACAGAUUUUACGGAAGGCAUUGGAACACUUUUGUGAUAAUGAAUCAUGUUUGAAUCAUUUAUUUUGAUAUAACUGUUUGAUAAAACAAACUUCGAUAUAAGCCGAAAACCGAUGCAACAUACAAUGCAAUUAAUAUACAGCACAAAACUUAGGAUAGAC